ACAGAUUGGUUGACGUCAUAACGGAAAUCGCCAUCUUGUCAGACUUGACUUGCUGCACUACACGGAGGUGUUAUUAUUACCUUUGGAUUCACAGAAAACUGCUGUGGCCACUUUGUUUGUGCACUCUCCACGCUCGGCUUCCCCGUGAGCGUUCUUGCUCUCUUCCCUGCUUACUAUUUCUACAACACUAUGAAAAGUCUUAUCAAGUCGAGUGUACAGCUCUGCCUCUUCCUGAGGCCUUCAACACUACGGGUAGUAAUGAUAAGAGAGAGAUACAAACGCCGGUGUUACCUUCUUCUUGCCGCCUCUGUUGUUAUUACCUGGUUCUACUUCAGAGGAAUUCCGGGAUUUUCCUCCUCUACUGAAAAAAUGUUGCCUCAAGCAAACCUUCAAGAGAGAGUACAGGGACUUACAUUUGCCAAACGUCAGUUCUUCUUAAAUGGUUUACCUUUCCGGAUUAUCAGUGGAGCUAUGCAUUAUUUUCGUGUCCCAGAGCAGUACUGGCGUGAUCGCAUGAAAAAAAUGAAAGCGUGUGGUCUGAACACUCUAGAAACAUAUGUUGCCUGGAACUUGCAUGAGCCAGUACCAGGGAAAUUCAACUAUAAAGGGAUGCUCAAUCUCAGGAAAUAUUUGGAGCUUGCCUAUGAAAUGGGCUUUUACGUUAUUCUGCGUCCAGGUCCAUACAUUUGUUCAGAGUGGGACUGGGGUGGCAUGCCUAGCUGGCUGUUGGCAGAUCCAAACAUGAAAGUUCGAUCAAAUUACAAACCCUAUCAAGAUGCAGUUACACGGUUUUUUGCGAAUCUUUUACCACAAGUAGUAGACCUUCAGUUCACACAAGGUGGUCCCAUCAUAGCAGUGCAGGUGGAAAAUGAAUUUGGAGCCUACAGUAAUGAAGUGGAACAUUUAGAUUUUCUGAAAGAUCUGCUGAGAGCAAAUGGCAUCAAAGAACUUUUGGUUACAUCUGAUGGAGCAGAGGGCAAUGUCCGAAUCAUUUUCUAUAAUAGUGCUCUGCCUACUGCCAACUUCAAAGAGAUAGAGGCUGGCCAGGCCAUUUUUAAUAUUAUUAAACAAGAAAACCCAGAUUUUCCCCUCAUGGUCAUGGAGUUCUGGACAGGCUGGUUUGACCACUGGGGUCAGCCACACAGUUUUGACGAUGUGGAUGAGUAUGAAGGAAGAUUGAGUAAGAUCCUAGAAACAGGGGCAUCCAUUAACUUCUACAUGUUUCAUGGUGGCACCAACUUUGGGUUUAUGGCAGGAGCCAACAACUUCUUUCACUAUAAGGCAGAUGUCACCAGUUAUGACUAUGAUGCACCAUUGUCUGAAGGGGACAUCACUGAGAAAUAUCUUAAGACAAGACAACUUAUCUUAGAUAAAAUUUACAAACCUCUUGGUGAGAAACAGGUUGUUUUUCAGUAUGAUGACCCAUUAUCUUUUAACCAAGUUUUACCUGUGGGACCUGGCACCCCUUCUGACACUGGUAGAGUGAUUGGCAGUGGCUCGGCAGCAUGGGUCAGGUGUGAUGGCCUAUUUGGCCAGCCUGAAGGAAUCACUUCCCUUCCAGAUAUACCUCCUAACAUUCUAAAAGCAAACUAUGGAAAUCUGAGAUUGGCAGAAUAUAUGAAUUGGAAUGAUCUGACAUUUUUAAUUCAGAAAAAAGCUAUAUCCCACAACCUUCAGCCAAUGGAAAUGUAUCAAUUUGACAUGGGUAUUGGUCAGUCCUAUGGAUAUAUUAUUUAUCGAAAACAGAUUGGGUCUGUCAACAAAAUAAGUCUGCCUCCAAGAGUUCAUGACUAUGCACAGGUGCUUUUGAACUCUGAUAGUGUUGCUGUGUUUGAUUCUGAUGCCAAAAAGCUGGAAGUUGAUCUCCGAGCCUCCCAGCCCACCAGCCAACUUGACAUAAUAGUAGAAAAUCUUGGACGGGUCAACUUUAUCAAAUUUGACUCAAAUCUGCUCAAUGAAGAAAGGAAAGGUUUAGCUGGUGAUGUCAUGUUUGAUGGUAAAGUUGUUACUGACUGGACAGCUCUGGCACUAGAUUUUGAUGAAGACUUCUUAGAAAAAGUUUCCAAGUCCCUUGUGUGGAGAGACUUUGGAAUGCCAAAAAAUUCCCCAGUACUUUGCCGUGCAUAUUUGGAAAUACUUGAUGAACCGAAAGAUACCUUUGUGAACACAAUGCACUUGAAAAAAGGAAUUGUAAUAGUGAAUGGACAUAACCUUGGACGCUACUGGGAUAGAGGUCCGCAACGCACAUUAUACUUACCUGCGCCAUUUUUGAAGAAGGGCAAGAAUGAAGUUUUGGUGUUUCAAGAGUUCUCAUCUGCAGAGUUCUUGUCCUUUGACUCAGAACCUCAGCUGGGUUAGCUUCACUCGGAUCAUUCAGGCGUGAAAGCCAUUGUAACAUAUCUGACAGUGGUUAGACUAUCAUGGAGAACGU